UCCCACAGGGGUAAAAGGGGGCAAGAAAACUGACUUUUUUUCCUUUGGAGCCUGUGCUACCACCCCGGGCUCUAGCUUCUUCAAUAACAACGUGAUGGUUGUUUUCGAGGCUUAAGUCCAAAGGACUCUCAGCUGUCAGAGGCAGAAAGGGCGUGGGAGGAGGAACAUAAAGAUAUGGAGCUGGACAUGCUUGUACUCUGUAUCCACUACGGGCAUUUUGGCUUGAGGACUACAUUUCCCAUCUUCCAAUCAGGACGAGCAAUAGGACCACAUCACGUUACACUACCCGGAACUAGGAGGAGGUGGUACUAAUUAUCGCGGAUAUAAACACAAUCUCUGCACAUUGGUCUGAUUGUGCCUCACUGUUGCUAAACAGCAUGAUUGACGUUCGAGCAUGGGCAGAGUAUGUGGUGGAGUGGGCUGCCAAAGACCCCUACGGUUUCCUCACCACUGUCAUCCUGGCUCUCACACCUCUCUUCAUUGCCAGUGCACUGCUUUCCUGGAAACUGGCCAAGAUGAUCGAGGCACGUGACAAGGAACAGAAGAAAAAGCAGAAACGUCAGGAAAACAUAGCCAAGGCCAAGAGGAUCAAGAAAGAUUGAGCCUGUGGGUAGGAUGAGGGCAUAUAAAAGGAGGAGCAUCCACCACACAUGCAGCCCUCCUUAUUCCAAAUAACUAAACGAUGUGGUGCCCUUCGUUGUCCCAGCCCUACUGUCAGCACAGGGCCCCUACGCCUCAAAUCUGGGGUGGGAGACUGGCCCCAAAGACUAACAGUGCUGAGACGGACAGUACCGCCCUAAGGAGGCUCGUCCCAGUGGGACUCUGGUCAGCAAGAGCACAGUGGUCAACUGUAUGAUGUAGUUUUACAGAAAUCCGCUGAUAAUAUUGUGCAGCUGUUGCAACUCUUUGCAUUCCAUUGUUAGCAUCCAUGUUCUUCUGAAUUGAAGAUGUAAUGUUGAGCUUACUGGAACUUUUCCAAAAUAUCCAAAAUACUACUUUCUAAUCAAUAAAAUGUUCAUGUCGAAAAAGA